AUGUCAAAUGCGGGCCAACUUAUAAUAAAUGUCCGGAGCGGUCCCGUUCCGAUCGGUAACAACCAAGGGACCGGUAUGGACACCGAAUUUCAUGUUUGCCAUGCCGGCGUAGCAUUCUUGUGUUCAACAAAGAAGAUUUCGUUAAAUAGGUUCGUGGCCCGCGAGUGUAUCUGAUAAUCUUCCAAUCGAAGUUCUAGUAAACUCUCACCAAAAAGGCCAACCUUAUCCUCAAAUAACCAAUAUGCCAUCCGAUGCAAAGCCCUCAACUCCAGGCCGAACCCUGGCCAUCUUCGGCGCAACCGGCCGCACCGGAAGCGAAACCCUGAAAGCCCUCCUUGCCAAACCCACGAAUCCCUUUUCUCACAUGAAGAUCUUUGUCCGUUCCCGCGAAAAGCUCAUCAAAACCUUUCCCCAGCUCAAGACGGAUAACAGUGUCGAAAUCAUCGAGGGCCAGGUCACCGACGAGACACGUAUCAAAGCCUGUCUCAUCGGCGCCGACACAAUCAUCUGCGCGCUGGGCGAAAACGACAAUAAGCCCACAGUCAGGGUCCUGCAAGAUUCAACAACGACAAUCGUCUCAGCACUGAAGCAGCUUAAGAAGGAAGAAGGCACAGACUGGAAGAAGCCAUGGUUCAUUCUCCUCUCCUCCUCGACGUGGAACGAGCGAUUCGCCGCGAAGCAGCCGUGGCUCGUCAUGUGGAUGAUCAAGAACGCCUUCUACUGGCCCUACGCGGAUCUGCGAAAGGCGCACGAAAACCUGCAGGCCGAGCCGGACCUAUUGCUACUGUUGUUGGUGCAGCCACCCGCCAUCAUUGACGAAGAGGCGAGUGGUUACACCAUCAGCACCGAAUCAGUUGGUCUCGCUUGCUCAUACCCGGAUCUGGGCGCGGCAUUUGCAGAGUUGGCAACCGAGGAAGCGUACAGGGAGACCAGCGCCGUCGGUGUCACCUCGACAAUGGCAAAGGCGGGCUUCUCGAGAUACGGGCCAGAGAUUCUCCCCAGAGUCAUCUUUGGUCUGAUGGCUAGUUUCAUCCCGGGCGCUUGGAGGGUUGUACCAAGUGUGUGA